AUGUAUUCGUUAUACAAAGGGUAUCGAGGAUUAUACGUGGAUAUGAGCAAGGACAUUAAAAAUCUAUUAACCUUGAAGCAGGAGUUCCUCAAAGAGUUGGGUUGUCAUCGGGUUAUCAAUUAUAAGACCGAGAAUUUGGAUCAAAUCUUGAACACUGAAUAUCCGUUUUUGUGGUCUUUUAGUCGGGAAUUGACGUCAAUUUGGGAGACAAUCGGUUCACCUGUUUUUGAGGAGUUGUUUGAACACUUGGCCCGAAAGGGACGCCUAAUCAAUAUCGGCGCCACUUCUGGCUAUACUAGUGUCGGAUACGCGCCCAUCAAAAUCCAUGACUUUAUUGUCAAGCUCCAUUACGGCGCCCGCACUGUCAUAGGAUUCCUGACCUUUGAUUAUAAACACAAAUACGAAGAAUACUCGAAACAAUUGUCUGAAUAUUAUGUGAAAAAUAAACUCAAAAUUUUCGUCGAUUUCGGGGUUAAUGUGGGCGAAGGUCUCGAAGCCGUUUCCAAUGGCCUUAAG